ACACUGUGUAUAUAUACUGUUUACUGGUAUUCCUAAAUAAUUGAAUGCUUCAUUCUCAUAUUAUCUCAUAUUGAUUAUCCGGAUGAAUUACUGUAUUCACUUUUUCUAUGAGCCAACAGGAGUCCUCAGCUAAAUACUUAAGAAUAAAUACCAGAGAGGACAGAUAAACAUAGAUGUGGAGAACAAAUGACAAUUUGGAAGAGGAGAGACCUAGUAAAAAAUCAGCUGAUUUUCUCCUGCAACCUGAGGUACAAUCUACCCACUCUGACAAAGCAACACUUGCCAGCAUUAUGGAGCAAGAAGAGGAUAAGGUAGUUGGAGCCAUAGAGGGAGAACGAAUUGAAAAAAUGGAUGUCAAAGACAAACAGAACAUCCAGUUAUUCCAGAACACCAGCCCGUCUGUAUCUGCUGUAAAUCAAAGCCUAGCUCAUCAAGGUCAAGCAAGUGCUUCAACUAUGCAACAGGAUUAUAGGAAUGAUAUGUCUUUAAAUGGCACUAAAGUUGACCUUGGACCUGAUAGUGAUGUCCAGUGUUCCCUUGAAUUGUCCUGUCCUCGUUGUAAGAAACGGUUUACUAGUAGUCAAGGCCUGGAACGUCACAUGCAAACUCAUGCUCAAGCAACCUGCCACACACAGCAGUAUAAAUGCAGUCGCUGCAGAAGGACCUUCAGUACAUUGUUAAGUCGUCGGAGGCAUGAGAAAAGACACGACAACCGAAACAGAAAUCUCUCUAACACUACCAGCACUGUUGGUCCGAAUGUGUCUGGUAGUGGUGAACUUUUGAGCACUAACCUUUCAUCUAAAGAUGACAAGCUUCUACUGAACCCAAACCCAUGCAUGUACACUGCAGCUGAUGGUAAACAGAAGGAUGCCUCUAGUAAAAACAACAAUGGCAAACCCUCAAACAUCUGCAAGUACUGCAAAAAAGCCUUCAGGACUCAUACCAGUCUAAGGAGACAUCAGCGCAGGAUCCAUGAACGCCAUCUUCUUCCUAAAGUGCGUUGUAAGAAUGUGACAAUCACACAAGAAUCGAAUGGACAGCAGCUUGGUGAACCAGCACAUGACUCACAGUCUAUAGAGAACAUCAGUCAGGAAAGGGAAUACAUGGUUGACAUUUCUAGUAACAUUUCAGAGAAUCUCAGCUUCUACAUAGAUGGCAAAAUUGUAUCGACAAGUGCUGUAAGUAACUGCGAUGUGCUUGAGAUGAACUCUGAGGGCUCUGCUGUGAUAGGGCUUAAUGCUGUUAUCAUAAGUCCUGCUCAUAUUACACAGGCUCUUAAAUUAGAAGCUAAUACUUCCAGUUUGACCUUUGACCUGUCUGGGCAAUCCUCCACCAAACGCAGAACAUCUACCCCACCUUUACUCCCACAAAUAAAAACCCAAUUGGAAUCUGAAUCUAUCUUAACAACCUCAUCAUCGUCUUCGUCCUUGUCACUGUCCUCUACAUCAGGAGCUGCACUGGUUGCUGCUCAACUGCCCCAGUCCACUGAGACUGUUGCGCUUUACAAGGAAAAAACUGUCUAUCUGUCUCCCAAACUUAAACAGCUCUUACAGAAUCAAGAUGGUGGUAAACCAUCAUAUGCACUAAUUGCUGAUGGCCAGAACCUGAGCCCUUCAUUAUCUUUGACUAUUUUACCUGCAUCAACUAGAUUUAAAAGACGGACAACAUCCCCUCCAAGCUCUCCACAGCAAAGCCUUGAUUUGAGUGUAGAUAAUGUCAUGACAAAUCCUGAUUCUGCAGAAACCAUUCAUUUAGAGUUGGAGAACCCUGGUGCAUUCCCUGGGUUGAGCUUUUCUGGCAUUGAUGAAAUUGGACAUUUGAACCCAACCACAGACAACUCUAAUGGACUUAAUAUGGAGCAACAGGGUUUGCCAUUAGACUGCUCUGUAUCAAGAACUGGUGGGAACUCCUGUUCUGGUGGAAACUCCUGUAAUCAACAGCCAUUGGAUCUUUCCAACUCAAUGGGUAAGACGGACCACAGUGAGGGCUUAGCAGAGUCCAUUUUAGACUUAAGUAUUGGUGGAAAGAGCUUAGAUUGUGUUACUCAUCCUGCUUUGAGGAAGGGUAAACCCAACUCUAAUAUGCUUCAGAAGGUUCUUAUGAAUGAGUGUGGUGGUGUAGACAUUCCCUCUAUUGAUGUUACUCCUGACAUAACAAACUUUACAGUUAUGGCACUUCCUGAUUCAGGCCCACUGAACUCCGAAAACCUUUUGCUUAAGUUAGCUGCAUCACUCCAACCAAACCCCUCUUUACCUGCUCCUGACAGUAUCCACUCAGCUCCUUCAACCCCUCCACCUCAAGACCUGUCUUCUUCACCUCCUCCUUUUGUAUCCUUUCUGUCUACUUCCACAGUGGAACCCAGUCAGGGACUUCAGACUCUUUGCUCCACUCUGUUUGUAUCUGACACUUUGCCACCCAGAAGCACUGUGGAAGACUGCACCGAUAAUCCUGUACAUCUCUCACAGGGUGAUUUAAAAGUGACAAUCCCUGACUGGGUGACCUCUGCUCCUGGAGGUGUGACUCACACCCUUAUACCUACAGCCCCUUCACUGAGUUUACAAGGUCCUCAGUGGGUCUCAGAUCCUGCUUUAUGUGAUCUAGCCCAAAGAACACUGGUUGUAGACUCUUUAUUAGCCUCUGAUGCACAAAUAUUUUCUCCCUCUCUGUCUCUUACUCAAUCAGACAUCACAUCAUUGACCUUUCCUCCAAAUACUGUCGUGAUUGAAUAUACUGUUGCACUGCAAUCUACUGAAAACAUUGUGCCAUGCAUUCAAGCUAAUUCUGUUAAUUGUCUCUCCGACAACUUACCUAUAGAUGCAACAGUUGAGCAGGAGCUUUAUGUCACAUCUGAGCCACCGACCCUCAGUCCAUACACCACUCAAGAAAAUUCCACUCCAGUGUUAGCUGCACAGUCCUUACCCACAGAGCAGUGUUCGUGCCCUACAGAUGACCCAACUACCUUUACUGGCUCCACUAGUGCGGUGAAAGAAGAGAGCAAAGAGGAGGUAAAGGAUAACUUGGUCUGCCCUGCCAAUACGAAUGUACAGCCUUCUGAUUACUCUGAACAGGACAACAAAAUUGAAGAUGAAUCAUCUCCCUUGCAUCCAUAUUGCAAAAACUUUAUGUGCAAUGUUUGUGACCAUCCCUUUCAAUCCAUGAAGAGUCUCAGUCAACACGUAAGUGAACACUCCAAAGAGUGGCCUUAUAAAUGUGAAUUUUGUGUGCAGUUGUUUGAGAGUGACAAAGGCUUGCUGGAGCACCGUUCCAGUUAUCACGGAAUUGGUAAAAUUUAUGUCUGUGAAACAUGCUCUAAAGAAUUUGCUUUCCUCUGCAACUUGGAGCAGCAUCAGCGAGAUCUCCAUCCCGGUCAAGAGUGUUCACACACUGCGGUUGUGCAUGGCAAAUUGAGACCUGAAAAUCAUAACAAUCCCAAAACUGACAUCUAUCCAGAACUUUCCAUCACAGAAGUAAAACAAGAAUCUGACAACACAACCUCUAAAGGAGAAAAUGAUGACUUGAAUUCUAUGGAAGAGCUGUAUACUACAAUAAAAAUCAUGGCGUCUGGAGCAGUCAAACCAAAAGGCCCAGAUGUACGACUAGGCAUUAACCAACAUUACCCGAGUUUCAAACCGCCUCCGUUUCCGUACCACAAUAGGACACUAUCUGGAACGACAGCGGCAUCAGCUACAAACUUUACCACCCACAACAUCCCUCAGACCUUCAGCACGGCCAUUCGAUGCACAAAGUGCGGCAAUAGCUUUGACAACAUGCCUGAACUGCACAAGCACAUCUUAGCUUGUGCUAAUGCUAGCGACAAAAAGCGGUAUACUCCUAAGAAAAACCCUAUACCACUUCAGCAGUUUGCAAAAGUGCAAAAUGGGGUGUUAUCGCCCCAUGUGAUGGUCAACAGUAAGCAGAAUCUUUCUCAAAAGUUUGGACAACAGAAAAAGCUAACCCUCCAUGAAUCACCAGUUAAAAUUAAAAUAAAUAUUAUGAAUAGAAAGAAAUCACAGCUGGUGCAAAAGGGCAGACCUGCUGGGGGCAGAAAGGCAUUUGCUCAAAAUGACCUGGGUUUUUUUGCAUGUCCUCACUGUAGCAGGGAGUUCACGUAUAAUGCCAGCUUAAAGAAACAUGUAGCCUUUAGCUGCCCUAUGAGACCAGUCAGUGGGAAAUGUAAAAAAAGAAACCUCAUUGUUUCAGUGCAAGAGAACAACGGGAGCCUUCGCAGGCAAAUUGCAAAUACGAGUGCAAAACCGCAUAGAUCAAACCACGGGCCAAAAACAAUAACAAAGACUCAGAUCAACAAGCCAAUUGAUGCCACUCAAGAAAUCAGAUCUGCAAUUCUAUCAUCAUCUGUUAUUCAACCUAGUAAAACAUGCAAGCCUGUUUUAAAGGGCAGCUUUGUGCCAAAGCUGGCUUCUGUUCCUUUAUCUGUUGCUCAGGUUAACUCUCAGGAACCGGGCAUUCGGGUACAUGUUUUGGGGAGAAAAAUUGAGCAUAAAAUUGGGGAUGUAAAGAUGCAGCCCAGAAGAGAGGAUUGUUUGUCAAUGAGGAUGAGGGAGAGGGUAGAAGGACCUGUUACUCGCAGUGUGCAGCAGGCAAACACCACGACAACACUACUUAAACAGUCGGACAGUCACAACAUCAUCAUGCGUCCUGUUGUUCUGCAAGUCAAGAAAUUAGACUAAUGAAAUGAAUUGAAAAUAUUGAUGUCAGAUAUUUUUUUUAUUCCUCCUUAUUGCAUAAUUUACCUGUAAAUAGGAUCCUUACAUGGUAUUGUUCAAAGCACUGUUUUGGACACCACACUGUUAAAAUUAACUGUUAAUUAUAAUGUCCUUGAUAUAUCUGAUCUUUUUAAAUGUAUCAUGGCUCCAAAUACAACAUGAUAAGGUAAAGCUACUAUUUGCAGAACAAUAACAUGAUCAACAGACCAUCUAGUCAUUGUAGAUACCUUUGCUAUUUGAAACAUUUUAAUAUGAUGUAGAUGUCUCUCACUACUAUAUUGGUCUUAGAAUUAAGGUUGUAGUUUUUAACUGGUUUGAUAAAGACCUUGAUAAGCAGGUUUUGGUGCAUUAGACACUGAAGCACCAUGUGUUAAUAGAUCUUAAAGAAAACUGAAAACCUCAACGCUGAAUUGUCAUGUGACAAAGGGGACUGUAUCUUGCACUUUAUGCUGUUUGAUCAAAGCUGUUCAAUUCUGUUCCUGUAGGGCCACCAUACUGCAUACACAGAUGAACCAGCUAAUCUGAAAACCUCUUUACAGUUAGAGUUGUAACUGAGCUCUGCAGGAUGGUGUCCCUCCAGGAUCAGAUUUCCUAACCCUGCUGUAGAUCACAUUCAUCUGUGUCUGAUGCACUGCAAUAGAAUCAAUGAAUUACUACGAAUUAUUUAUUAAUGUAAGUAUUAAGUGUUUAGGGUAUGACAGAGCUGUUCUAUUUAGUGAGGUGCAUAAAAAUGGCUACUCUUUUUAUAAACUGUGUUACUUGUGUUUCAUUUGUUGUAUGUGCAGUUUGAAUUUUCAUGCAUGCCAGCGAUUUAAUGUAUGAAUGACGUUGUGUGUACCAGACCGGUAGACAAGAAUAUGCAGUUUAUUUGAAAACAUCUGCCAUCAAAUGGCAGUAUGUAUAUUCUCUCCACAAAGAACAUAUAAGUGUCUAAAAUCUCUAUGUUGUCUCUGUAUUUUACUAUUCAACAAUCUCCAUGAAGAAAUUGUUGGAAAUUAGUUACAUUUGGUAGUGCACAAAAUUCCCACUUUUGAAAUGCAUUCUUUAUAUUUUGCAAAGAUUGUAUUGAAAGAGAUUAAAGAUUGCGCUUUCUUGAAUAUACAGUAGGCCUGCAGUCUAAAUCACUACUUUUCCGACCUUCGAGCGUGUGUGUUGUAUUUACAAGAGUUGGCCAGCAGGUGUCCUCGACGUGCAAUGUUUCAUUGAAUCAUUUAAAGAAGUAAUGGGUUGAAUUGUUUCAGAAUGAAUGGUGAACAUAAUUAAAAUUAAAUGUAAAACUCUAAAAUGUUCCCAUAAUUAUGUCUUGUUUGAAACAAAUGUUGCAUUUACUCCCUUACAGGGUACAAGUUCUUAAAUUAGGUUCAUAAUUACCUUAGAAUAAUACAGUGUGCAUUGAGGUUAAUUAGGGCUUGACAGAUAAUAUUAACACUGUGAAUGUUUACACAAUAUGACUUAUUAUGGUUAAUAAGGUUAUUAUGACAGAAAAUGUUAGACUAUGAAAGUGUAUUAGCAGGGAGACAUAGAGUUACACUGGAUGCUUUACAAAACCAAACCUGUUUGAAGAAUAGCUAUUCCAUAUAUCAUUCAUAACCAAGAAUAAAUAUACACAUUUUUAUUCAGAUGUGUAUCUGUUAUUUUAAAAAAACUAAUAAAAAUUAGAUGUUUUCGUAGAUCUAAGUUUUAUUAAGUUUAUAUCUAGUCCCCGGGCUGAAAAAAUAGUUUCAGGUACUUUGAUGGGUGAGAUUGGUCUGCCUGGAAAGUGGCAAAGUACCAAAACAUUUUUGAGGUUAAGUUGCUAUAUCUAUAUAGUUUUGUAUAGCAAUAUCUGUAUAGUUUUUAAAUAUUAAAUGACUGAAUAAAUCCCUCUGUUU